AUGAGGUCCUUCGAGAGACCAGGUGCCUUCCUGCUGGCCUGCACGCUGCUCUGCACCCUCCUGGGUCUGGGACGCCCGCUGAGCUGUGAGAUGUGCCGGGGCUCCGGACCCACGUGCAGCGGGAAAGUGAAGACCUGCGAGGAGGGCAAGGAUGCAUGCGUGAUCGUCGUCGGGGAGUCGAGCACAAAGGGCCACCAUUCUGUGAACACCUACAAGGGCUGCAUGAAGUUCAGCGACUGUGCCCCAGGCUUUGUGUCCACCACCAUGGGCCCCAAGGACUACAUGGUGUCCAACACGCACUGCUGCCAGGGUGACGGCUGCAACCAGGGCACCAUAACCCCUCCCCAGAACAAUCGGACUAAGAACGGCCUACAGUGUCCUGCGUGCAUCCAGCCCUUCCACGAGACUUGCCCAGGGACCCAGGCGGCCAGUUGUGUGGGCCAGGAAACUCACUGCGUUUACUUCGCUGGCAACGUGCAUGCUGGUAUCAUCAGAACCAAAUUUGCCACUCGGGGCUGUGCCACAGAGAGCGCCUGCAACUCCAAGCCCGGGGCACAGGUCCCAUCUGCCUCUUACCUCUACUACCUUCGUCGUGCAGACUGCCAGCCUGCUGCCCCGGCCCCCCAGCAGGGCUGA